GCGAGAUGAGGGGUUCCCAAUUGUCACUCUGCGCCCCGCCAUUCUGCUUCCGGCUCCUCGGGCCACCCUGGUCCCUUGUCCUCACUGGCUGGCCUUUAAAAGUUGCAGGUCCUCGUGGGACAGCCCUACGCCUUAGGCUUAGAAGCAAGGUGUGCGCCCUGAGCCGGGCAAGCCGUGCUGUCUCAGGGUUGGCCCGCUCUGCUGCGAGCACGUGGCUGCUCUAGGAAGUGUCCCAAGGGAAUGGCUGUCGGGGUACGUGGGUGACCUUGAACUCGUAGCCCUUCGCUUCCUGGGUGCUCGCCCCGGGACCUGGUCUCAGUGCUGAAAAGGACAAAGCUGGCCUGGAUUCGGUUACGAGUUUGUCCUGAGCAUUUAGAUGGGGUUCUGUAAGAUGGGCAUUUGAACUCUGCUGUAACCUAAUCUUCCGUGCCGCACGCUGCCUGUUGGCCUAGUGUGUGGGUUCUCAGUUUUCCCAAAGCAGAAGCCGACUGGACACCGCAGGUUCAGCGAACGCAUUGAGAACAUUCGGAUUGCUUGGCUCUCCUCACUGAGAUGGGAGACUAUGGGAAUAAAAUUUCUACUUUGUGAAAGCUAUCUGGAUUGGAAUCGGCUUGCUUCUUUAGGAAAUUAGCGUUAUGGACAAAGGGCUGUGCUGUGCUGUAUUGAUAAACACCUUAAAGGCCCAUUGUGCCACUGUUUCUGGUGGAUACCUGUCUUAAGGCUCUUCUGUGUGGCAACUCAGAAUGAUGGAUCAAGCCAGAUCAGCACUUUCUAACUUGUUUAGUGGAGAACCAUUGUCAUAUACCCGGUUUAGUCUCGCACGGCAAGUAGAUGGCGAUAAUAGUCGUGUGGAGAUGAAACUAGCUGCAGACGAGGAAGAAAAUGAUGACAGCAGCAUGAGGGGUAAUCAUGCCCAUGUUGCAAAAUCAAAAAGGUUUAAUGGAAGUAUCUGCUAUGGAACUAUUGCUGUGAUCAUCUUUUUCUUCAUUGGACUUAUGAUUGGCUACUUGGGCUAUUGUAAACGAGUAGAACCAAAAGCUGAAUGUGAAGGAACAGAGUCUCCAGAGACAGAGGAAACAGAAGAGUACCUUCCCGAAACACCUUCCCGUUUAUUUUGGUCCGACCUCAAAGCAAUGUUAUCAGAGAAACUGAAUAACGUAGAGUUUGCCAACACAAUCAAGAAGCUAAAUGAAAAUUCCUAUGUCCCUCGUGAGGCUGGAUCUCAAAAAGAUGAAAGCCUUGCUUUUUAUCUUGAAGGUCAAUUCCGUAAAUUUCAACUCAGCAAAGCCUGGCAUGAUGAACAUUUUGUUAAGAUUCAGGUCAAAGGCAGUGCUCAAAACUCAGUGACCAUAGUGGCUGUGAACAGUGGCUCAGGAUACCUGGUGGAGAAUCCUACGGGUUAUGUGGCAUAUAGUAAGGAGGGGACAGUUUCUGGUAAACUGGUCCAUGCUAAUUUUGGCACUAAACAAGACUUUGAGAGUUUAAGCAUUCCUGUGAAUGGAUCUUUAGUGAUUGUUAGAGCAGGGAAAAUCACUUUUGCUGAAAAGGUUGCAAAUGCUGAAAGUUUUAAUGCAAUUGGUGUGUUGAUCUACAUGGACUAUACUAAAUUUCCUGUUGUUAAUGCAGAACUUCCACUCUUUGGACAUGCUCAUCUGGGAACAGGUGACCCUUAUACACCCGGAUUCCCUUCUUUCAAUCACACUCAGUUUCCACCAUCUCAGUCAUCAGGAUUGCCCAAGAUACCUGUCCAAACAAUUUCCAGAGCUGGUGCAGAGAAACUGUUUGAAAAUAUGGAUGGAGACUGUCCUUCUUCUUGGAAAACAGAUGCUUCAUGUAAACUGGUAACAGAACAGAGUAGGAAUGUGAAACUCACUGUGAACAAUGUACUGAAAGAGAUAAGAAUUUUAAAUGUCUUUGGUGUUAUUAAAGGCUUUGAAGAACCAGACCGCUAUGUUGUGGUUGGGGCACAGAGGGACGCCUGGGGCCCUGGAGCUGUGAAGUCCAGUGUGGGGACAGCUCUCCUGUUGGAACUCGCCCAGAUGUUUUCUGAUAUGGUCUUAAAAGGUGGGUUUAAGCCCAGCAGAAGCAUUGUCUUUGCCAGCUGGAGUGCUGGAGACUUCGGAGCUGUCGGUGCUACUGAAUGGCUAGAGGGAUACCUUUCCUCCUUGCAUUUAAAGGCUUUCACUUACAUUAAUCUGGAUAAAGCGGUCCUUGGUGCCGGCAACUUCAAGGUUUCUGCCAGCCCAUUGUUGUAUUCACUUAUUGAGAAAACGAUGCAAGAUGUGAAACAUCCAGUUACUGGGCUCUCUCUAUAUCGGGAUAGCAACUGGAUCAAAAAAGUCGAGAAACUUUCUUUUGAUAACGCUGCUUUCCCUUUCCUUGCAUAUUCUGGAAUCCCAGCAGUAUCUUUCUGUUUUUGUGAGGACUCAGAUUAUCCUUACUUAGGUACUACCCUGGAUACCUAUGAGGAACUCUAUCGGAGGGUCCCUGAGCUGAACAAAAUGGCACGUGGUGCAGCGGAAGUGGCUGGUCAGCUCAUGAUGAAACUUACCCAUGAUGUUGAAUUGAACCUGAAUUAUGACAUGUAUAAUGAGGAAAUACUUGCAUUUGUCAGAGAUAUGAACCAGUUCAGAACAGACAUAAAGGAGAUGGGUCUGAAUCUACAGUGGCUAUAUUCUGCUCGUGGAGAUUUUUUUCGUGCUACUUCUAGACUAACAACAGAUUAUAAGAAUGCAGAGAGAACAAACAGAUUUGUCAUGAGAGAAAUCAAUGACCGCAUCAUGAGAGUGGAAUAUCACUUCCUCUCACCCUAUGUAUCUCCAAGAGAUUCUCCUUUCCGACAUAUCUUCUGGGGCUCUGGCUCUCACACUCUGUCGGCUUUACUAGAACACCUGAAGCUGCGUCGAAAAAAUAACAAUGCUUUUAAUGAAACACUGUUGAGAAACCAGUUGGCUUUAGCAACUUGGACAAUUCAGGGAGCUGCAAAUGCCCUCUCUGGUGACGUUUGGGACAUUGACAAUGAGUUUUAAAUGUUAAUACCUAGAACGGUACUUGUGACUUGUGCUGGCUGUGCUAAAUUUUCAGUAGGGCUACAAAACCUAAUAUUGUUAAAAUUCUACCUAAUUUAUCUGGUACUACUAGAUGUCUUUAUGCAGCAACUUUUAAUACAGGGUAGGUACCUGCACUUCAAGUUAAAGUAUUUUAAAAUGUUCAUGAUGGAACAUUUUCUCUAGAAUUUUAAGUGCUUUGUAAUGGCAACUGCUUCUUCUUUCAUAUAUAUGUGUGU